AUGUCGCCACAGCUCGUCUCGCCCUUUGUCCCUACGCCAUCGCGCAACGCCUACAUCGCCCUGACCUCCCUCGCCGCCACACUCCAGCGCUCGUCGCGGCCUCCGCAAACAUCCUCCUCCUCACUCACGCAGUCUUCAGGGACAAGCGCCGCCACAGCCAGACUACGGCUACAGUUCUGGCGACAAACGCUACAGGACAUCCUCGCAGGCAAGACCCCGCCAUCCGAGCCCGUCGCCGUCCUUCUCGCGGACGUCGUUCGCAAUCACAGUUUUACGAGAGGAUUUUUCACGAGAAUGGUCGACGCGAGGAUAGCGCGCGUGGGCGACCCUCCGUUUCCAAAUAUCGCCGCUUUGGCCGACUACGGCGAGAACGCGUACGCUUCGAUGCUCUACCUCGUCGGCGAGGGCAUGCCCGGCGGCCGCGGCAUGCCGCUCGAGCAUGUCUCGUCCCAUAUCGGUCGCGCGAUGGGUGUUGUCGAGGUGCUCUCAGAAUUUACAAACACGCUGGAGAGGAGAAACCGCGUGCUGCUGCCGGUUGACGUGAUGUUGAGCCAAAACCUGCGCGAGGAGGAUAUUCUACGGAGGAUGGACCUGCAGGACGCAGAGGUCAAGCGCCGACUUGCCGAUGCAGUCUUUGAAGUCGCCACGCAUGCAAACGACCAGCUCAUCACGGCGCGCACGAUGCUCGAGGAACUCAUCGACCGGCAGGGCGGCCGGCGAAAGAUCGACGACGCGAUGUUUGCGCCCGCGCUGUCGGCAGUUCCUGUCCGCGUCUGGCUCGAGAAGCUCGAAAAGGCCGACUUUGACCUCUUCAACCCUGCCCUCAAGAUUCGGAGCUGGAACCUGCCGCUGAAGAUGUACUGGGCCUACAAGUCGCGCAAGAUAUAG